CUCAUUGUCUUAUUCUGUCUAACGAGGACUACAGUAUCUAUCAUGUAUCUCUGCUCUUUAGUUCUCUCUGCUUUUUAUCUGCUUAAUUAUUGCUUCGUCGGCCUACAAGGUCAUACCAGUGAUCCAACGACCGCUCCUCAAGGACCAGACAACCACCCAGCCACUGAGGGGGAGGUCCGCUUGGUGAAUGGGGGGAAUGGCUCCUGUUCAGGCAGGGUGGAGGUCUUCCUCCAGGGCCAGUGGGCCACAGUUUGUGAUGAUGACUGGGACCUGGUCGAUGCCCAGGUGGUGUGUAGACAGGUGGGCUGUGGGAGGGUGCUGUCUGCACCACGUGGGGCCACCUUUGGACCUGGCCAAGGGCCUAUAGGGUUGGAUGAUGUCAACUGCAAUGGCCGCGAAUCUGUGCUCACACAGUGUGGCCACAGUGGACUGUGGGCCCACAACUGUGGUCACCAGGAGGACGCUGGUGCUGUCUGUGAAGCUGCCUCUCCAGUGAGACUGGUCAACGGUCUCUCCAACAACCCCUGUUCAGGCAGGGUGGAGGUCUUCCUCCAGGGCCAGUGUGCCACAGUUUGUGAUGAUGACUGGGACCUGAAUGAUGCCCAGGUGAUGUGUAGACAGGUGGGCUGCGGGAGGGUGCUGUCUGCACCACAAAGGGCCCAUUUUGGACGUGGACAAGGGCCUACACUGGAAAAAGGGUUUUAA